AUGUCAGUGGUAGAAAGGAAGGACAUUCAGUCCACCAUCGAUCGUCGGGAUAUAAAGAGUUUUAGAGAUGACAUGACAUGUCAAAUGAAGGCGAUCACCGAAUCCCUAGUCAACCAAGCCACUCAACUAGCCAGAGUAGCCAAAUCAUUCGAGAGCAUCGGGGAAGCAGUUCGACACACUAGGGAUCUAUCCAAGUUACUCCUCAUGGGAGGGUUCAAGUUGACCAAGUGGAUGUUCAACAGUCGUCAUGCGAUCGAUUGCGUCCCAGUUGACGAGCGGGCGCUGAGUCUCCGUGAAUUGCAGGGGAGUCCGUUACCAACAGAUAGAGCAAUUGGUGUGCAAUGGGAUUCGGAGAAAGCCGAGUUUUCGUUCCAACUCCAGCCAUCUGAGAAGACGGCGACUCGCAGAGGAAUUCUGUCUUCGUUG